GCGGGCUGCGCCGCGCGGGGCUGCGUUGUGCAACGCGCCGCGCUUUGAAGGCACCAUCACCCCUGGGAAGCAGCGCUCACUCGGCAUCUGUCACGGCGGCGGGCCGGGCCCAGCGCCCCGAUGAAGACCCGGCGGGACCGGCCUUCCCAGCGAGCAUGAGCCAGCCGCGCUAGGAGCGGCACGUAGCGGUGCCGAGGCGGGCAGGAUGGCCCACAUGCUGCAUGCGGCAGCCCGGCGGGUGCAGUGGAGCAGGGCGGGCGCCGCGAAGAAGGCUGCGUGCCUGCUGGCCGCGGCGUACGGGCUCAAAAUCCUGUACCCCAUCAUCCGCGGGCGUGUGAGGCGGGCGAGCGGCAGAGGCGGCGCGCACGAUGAGACGGGCCGGGCGGUCCCGCACCGCGCCGGCAGCCGGGGCAGAGCCGCUCCGGCCGUGGACGCGGAAUUCUUCAAGCAGCUGCUGGAACUCCGCAAACUGUUCUUCCCCAAGCUGGUGAGUGCUGAGCUGGGCUUGCUCUGUCUCCACUCGUUUGCUCUGGUAUCCAGGACUUUCCUCUCCAUCUAUGUGGCCGCCCUCGAUGGAAAAAUUGUGAAGAGCAUUGUGGAGAAAAAGCCCAGGAGCUUUAUCUUCAAGUUAAUCAAGUGGCUGAUGAUCGCAAUCCCAGCAACUUUCGUGAACAGCACCAUCCGGUACCUGGAGUGCAAGCUGGCCCUCGCCUUCCGCACCCGCCUGGUGGAUCACGCCUACGAGACCUACUUUGCCAACCAAACCUACUACAAAGUGAUCAGCAUGGACGGGCGGCUGGCCAACCCCGACCAGUCCCUCACCGAGGACAUUAUGAUGUUCUCACAGUCCGUGGCGCAUCUCUACUCCAACCUCACCAAGCCCAUCCUGGAUGUCGUGCUCACUUCCUACACCCUCAUCCGUACUGCUCGGUCCCGGGGGGCCAACCCCAUCGGGCCCACAGUCCUGGCUGGUCUCGUCGUCUACGCCACGGCCCGAGUGCUCAAAGCCUGCUCGCCCAAGUUCGGCAAACUGGUGGCUGAGGAGGCUCACAAGAAGGGCUACCUGCGCUUCAUACAUUCACGCAUCAUCGCCAACGUGGAAGAGAUUGCCUUUUACCGAGGGCACAAGGUAGAAUUGAAACAACUGCAAAAAAGCUACAAGGAUUUGACAGAUCAAAUGAAUCUCAUUUUGUCCAAACGUUUAUGGUACAUCAUGAUAGAGCAGUUCCUGAUGAAGUAUGUCUGGAGUAGCUGUGGUAUGAUCAUGGUCGCUGUGCCCAUCAUCACCGCAACGGGAUUUGCAGAUGGUGAAUUGGAAGAUGGGCAGAAGCAGGCAAUGGUUAGUGAAAGAACAGAAGCUUUUACUACAUCACGAAACUUGCUGAUCUCUGGAGCAGAUGCUAUUGAAAGGAUUAUGUCUUCAUACAAAGAGGUCACUGAGCUCGCAGGCUACACCGCCCGUGUCUACAACAUGUUUGCAGUCUUUGACGAGGUGAAGAGAGGCAUCUACAAAAGAACUGCUGUUAUUCAAGGGUCUGUAAACAACAGCAGGAGUGAAGAUAAGGCAGAGUUACACAUUGAUGGGCCCUUAGAAAUCAAAGGGAAAGUAAUUGAUGUUGAUCAAGGAAUUAUUUGUGAAAAUGUUCCUAUAAUUACUCCGAACGGCGAUGUGGUGGUUUCCAGACUAAACUUCAAAGUCGAGGAGGGGAUGAAUCUUUUAAUCACUGGACCCAAUGGCUGUGGAAAGAGUUCUCUCUUCAGAAUUUUAAGUGGUUUGUGGCCUGUGUAUGAAGGAGUUCUCUACAAGCCCCCUCCACAACACAUGUUUUAUAUACCACAAAGGCCCUACAUGUCCAUUGGAACACUACGGGAUCAAGUCAUCUAUCCAGACUCGGUGGAAGACAUGCAUGAGAAAGGCUACCAAGAUCAAGAUCUGGAGUCUAUUCUGCAUAUGGUUCAUCUGUACCACAUAGUUCAAAGAGAAGGAGGCUGGGAUGCUAUCAUGGAUUGGAAAGAUGUCUUAUCAGGAGGAGAAAAACAAAGGAUGGGCAUGGCCCGGAUGUUUUACCACAAGCCAAAAUAUGCAUUGCUGGAUGAAUGUACGAGUGCUGUAAGCAUUGAUGUUGAAGGAAAGAUAUUCCAAGCUGCAAAAGCUGCUGGGAUAUCCCUGCUUUCCAUAACACACAGACCUUCUCUUUGGAAGUACCACACUCACUUGCUGCAGUUUGAUGGACAAGGGGGCUGGCGUUUUGAGCAGCUGGACACCGCCAUCCGUUUGUCACUGAGUGAGGAAAAACAGAGACUGGAAUCCCAGCUUGCAGGAAUUCCUAAAAUGCAGCAGAGACUCAAUGAACUGUGUAAAAUCCUAGGAGAAGAUUCAGUGCUUAAAACAAUGGACAAAGAAGAAUAAAUAAUUUAUGGUUUAUGUUUUUAAAAAUAUUUUUUUAGUUAAAAGCAUUACAAAUUCAGCCAUUAUCCUUUGCAUGCAUUGUGACAGAGGCUUAGAGCAUAGCAAAACACAGCCAGCAGAAAAUAAUGCUCUGAAUGCUAUGUAAGACUUCAGUGUUUUAGUAUUAGGGAGGAAAGUGGUUGAACUGUGAAAAGAAAAUAAGCAAGUGCGCAGAGUAUAAGAUUAGUCAUUAAAGCUUAUGUUAAUUCCUAGUGAAAGCCCAAUUCACUGCAAGAAACAACCAACACUCUUAGGGUUUAUAGGUGAAUUUUUGCCUGGGACUUGGCCUGCAGAAUGUGCUCUUGUACCGGUCACUGUGUGCGAAUGACGUGCCUGCUACGCAGAGCAGCCGGGCAUGACACUCAGGCAUGGAGCACAGCAGGGGCACUCUCUGGGUGAGUAUGCAGAUGCAUGCAAAAAUCUCAUUUGGGUACAAGGAACAUUCUCUCAGCCCAUGUAAAACAAGAUUUCUGUUCUACUACUGAAUAGUAUCCAUGCCUUUACCUGCAUUUCCAUAGGAAAUAAUGUAAUAGGCUGACCAGAGACAACUGUCUGAGCAAGCCACUGCCCUCAUGACAGAGAAGCAGGGACAGAGCUAAACAUGUAAUGUACUUGUGCUUUAUGCCAUUACACAUAGCUUCAGAGGCUCUUUGCCCUUCAUGAUACAUCAAUUCCUUCAGGGGAUUAUUUAUGUCCCUUACUCAGUAACCUCUGGUGGUGUGGAUGGAGCACUGGGCCUGGCAACAAGUGACUUAGUUUUGGCUUGACUAAAUCAUUCAUCUUCUCUAUGGGUCCAAUCCAGCUGGCACCCAUGUCUGACCCAGUUCCUCCUUUGGCAUAAUCACAGUAUAGACACUUGUUUGUUCCACGAGACACUUUAUGGUGGGAAGGACUGUAGGAGAAGCAAAUGGCAGUUUCUAACAAUAUGCUGAAUUCUCAGGCAUGGCUAUCCUGCCAAAUGAAAUGCACUUAUAAAGGUCUGUGAAAAGUUAGAGCAUUUGGUAACCACUAAUGAAUAUACCUUCCAUAUUUUGGUGGAGUGACUGAAUAUUGCCCUCCCUGUGAGCAAAUGCACUGGGUAACAGCCUUGCUUUCAGAUGCACUCACUGCUUGUCCCAUCAGCUUUUCAGUUCAGGUCCCCAUUCAGUCAGAAGGUGCUUUAACAAAAUACCCCGAGACCCUGAGACAGUGCUGGCCUGAGUGCCUUGCUGAAUGCAAAAGCUGGAGAAUUAGAAAUGAGGAUGUGAAUGUAUUUAGGAGGUCCUGUUCUCUCUGAGUGCACAGCAAAGGGGCAGCUCAGGAGUGAAGAUCAGGAGGGGAAAGAACCUUUGCAGAUGGGCAAAUGAGCCUUAGCCAAGAUGUAGCAAUCCUGAAGUUUGUUGGUGUUUUUUUUUCCCUAGAAAUGUGUGAUUCCUUAGAAGAUUUCUGUCUGUUGUUCUUAGUCUGAGAGGCAGUGCAUAAACUGCUAAGAGCUGCUUGGAGAGGAGAAAUAUUUCAGGGGCAUUUGUUGAGCUGGAAAUGUUUGAGCACCCUAAUGUUAAUAUAACCUGCUUCUUUUUUUCUGAUUGCAUCAGGAAAAAGAGGAAGAUGAAUUACCUCCAUCUGCCAAAUCCCAGUCCAGUGCACUAACCAUUAGCCCAUAUUCCUUCUCAGUGUGCUCAGCUCACUGCUUGGUAUGGCAUUUGCACCAGAAAAUGGAGCAAGUCUGCUCCCUCCAGUGUCUGUAGCUUGAAUGUAACUCUGUCAUUUACCCUGGUGACAACAAUUGGUUCCUUUCAUUAGUUUUUUUCCUGUAGAGCCCCCUGAGACAUCUCACUGAUACAGAAAGGAAUGCUCCUAGGAACCUUUGAAAAGGCUGAAAAAUGAAGGUUCAAGAUAAUAAGAUGUUGUGUCGUAAAGCACAGAUGGAGGUCACUGCUGGGGUGCCUGACAAGUGUGUGCAUUUCAAUUUGCAAAUGUCUGUGCUUGUCCCUCUCCCUCGAGGUGAGCUUUCCCCUUUCUCAUCUUCAAAGCAAAAUUCAUAACUGCUAAGGAAAAAAGAAGUCAGCCAAGAAUCUGUUCUCAGUGAGCAUAACUGAGAUGACUGAUGAGUGUAAAAGCUUGCAGGUUUCUGAUUGAUGUUUCUCUAAGAUGAGAUGAAUCAGGGCACACCAUGCACAUCCCCUUGUCCCAGCUGCAGAGCAUCCUGCUAGCACAAGGCAGCCCCAAAGCCACUUUUCCACAAGCCUUUCCAAGCCAGGACCUGAGGUGGAGCAAGGGCAUUGCUGUUCCCCACCUCUCCAUUGAGCACUUUAACAUGUGGCUGGGAACUAAACCAGGGUUAUCCACUCCCUGAAUGAGUGGGAUACUGAAAGGUGCUGAAGAAUUGGCCCAGUUUGGCACAGCUCCAGAUAUCCCACCAAAGCUCUGCCCCUGUGUUUGACUUGCUGGCAGCCACUAAAGGCAGCACCUGAAAUCUGCUGGAUGCCUUACAGAGAUCAAAGCUGGAUAUCCCUCAUGGCACAAAACAAAUCUCUUCUGAGGAAAACAUGCUUAGUAGAAGAAAUUUUGUUUGCUGCUGGUUU